UACUGUACAUGUCAAUAAUUUAAAAAUGUGGUACUUAAAAGUGUCGUCGAGUUUACUCAUUGCAGUGGCAUUAAUCUGUAUGAUACAGAAUGCAAUAUCGCUCACUUUAGAUCCUAAAACUACAGAGGAUCAGUGGUCAACAUUGGAAAAUUCUACAGAUCAAAUUGACUUAAAAAAAAUUUCGAAAAUGUGUAAAAAUUCUAUAAAUAACUUCAAAGAAAAAUUAGAGAAUACAAAAUCUAUUGUUAACAAAAGAUUACCUGAACCUAAUAAAACAACAGAAGAUAUAGUAAACUUAGUAAGUGAUAUAAAAACGAAAAUAAAAAAUUCAUCUGCAGAUCUCGUAUAUGUAAGAAAAUUAGUUCAAAAAACUGCUUUACGAUUUAGAGACACAUUCAAAUCACUUGUAUCAUUUACUGAAUUAGAUAAUGAACCCGUUAAUAAAGAAUUAGAAAAUAUUAAGAAAACAACAGUUGAUGGUAAAAAACCAUUAGUAAAUCGUGUUAUACGAUCAUUUGGAAACCGGUACGAUCUUAUGAAAUUGGCCAACAGGGUUCUUGAGAUAUCUUCUGACCAUGAAAAGUUAAAAAAUAAUUAUGACGAAAAAAAAAAAAAUGCUAAAAAAGAAUUUAAUUCGUUAUGGAAUUCUUUAUCUAAUCAUUCUAAAACUAUAAAUGAUAAUGCUCUAAAGGCCUUGGAAAUUUUCUUUGAAGGCAUCAAAUCUGUAAAAUUAGUGAAAAAAAAAGCCAAGACACUUGGUGAAGAUGCAAUUAAUGAAAUAAAAGUGGGGGAUGAUAUUAACAAGCUUAAAAACGCAGUUGAAUUAGCUAAAGCAUUGAAAUUGAAGUUCGAAGAUGAAUGGAAUCUUGAUUCAGGUGAAUUAACUUAUAGUGAAGAACAGAAGAAAGCUUCUACUAAGACAGCAGAUGAAAAUCCAGUUGAACAUGAUAAUGAACAAGAUACAUCUAUUGAGAAUAGUUCUACAAACGUUAUCCAAUCUAGUUUGCCAGCAAUUGAACAAGAAGCGAUUGACAAUGAAAAAAAUAAUGUUAUUCCAUCUACCCGGACUGAGAUUGAAAAACCAUCAAAUGAUAACAGCCAAACAUCAGAUAAAGCUAUCUUUUCAGUCGAGGACACACAAUUUCCUACUGAGCCAAAAAAUAAAGAUGAAACUAAAAUAAUACCACCAACAGAUUUAGAAAAAGAUGAUAAUACAAAUAAUAAUGUUUCUGAUAAUGUAGAUUCUUCUAUUAAAGAAACAUCAUUUACUCCUGAUAUCGCUAACAACGAGACACUUAUUACACCCACUAAAGAUUCGCUAAACAAUAAAAAAGUUAAGACAAUAAAUAAAAGAACAAGUCGGGAAAAAACACCUAUACUACCAUGGAAAAAACUAAUAGAAUUAGAUGACUCACAGGUUAGUCAACAAUCAGAGAAAUGUGAAAGUUUAUUAAAUAAUACAACACCAGACUUUGAUAAUAUAAAAAAAUCAGCGAAAACGCAAAUACAAGUAACUAAAAGUUACAAAAAUUUACAAAAGAUAGAAAAUGACAUAAUUCAACAAUUUUAUGAUAAAAUAGUUAGUACAAACACACAACUGUCUGAUAAUUUAGUGAAUGCAGCAGAAGAUGUUUGUGCUAAUGUAACACCAAUAAAUAAAAGAUAUGAAACAAAAUUUAAAAAUGAUCCAAACAUUAAACGUAUAAAAUAUUUGUUAGGUAAACAAUACGAUCCUAAUCAGUACAUUUUAAAAGUCUUAGAUGACGCAAGUCAUAAAAAUGGAAUUGGUGGCAUGAAAAAAACUACUUAUUACAAAAUGUUAGCAGUAGCUUACAAUUUGAACCAUGAAACAAAAGAAAUGGAAAACGCUGCACUAUACGCGAUGAACAAAAUCUACGAAGGAAAAUUAGCAGCAGCUAAUUUACAAAAAACGUUUAAUAAAGAAAAAGCAUCGAAAGCUUGUUACAUACGAAAUAUUUUACUAGAAAAAGAGAACGAGGCUGAGAAAAAGAAUAAGGAUGAAAAUAAAGAAAAAAUAAAAGAAAGUAUAAGUGAUGACACCAAUACGGAACCAUUAAAACCAGAUGUCAACCUAGAUUCAGUUGACGAAAUACAGCCAUCCACAGUACAUGAUGACAAUGAACCAAUUUUAAAUAAUGACGAAGAAAUGAAAACAUUAAAUGAAACAAAUGAAUCAUUAACUCUUAACAAUCAAGGUGAUACUGAAAAUGAUACAAUAUCUGAUGAAAAAGGGAACAUCGAAAACGAAGAUGAGGAACAAGAAACUGAAGGAAAUUAUGAUAAUUCUUCUAUUCCACAAAACAAAGAUAAUGAUACCAAAACCAAUACAACAAAUGACGGAAAUAAUACAGUCAAACAUAACCCAAUCAAAAAAGUAACACACCACAGAAGACAUAGAAAUCCCAAUGAUCCUAACGAUGUAUCCGAAGAAUAUGACACAAUAGAAGAAGAAGAUGAAAACAUUUUGAAUAAGUCCAGUGAGCAAAAAUCUGUUGAUACUCCAGAAGCUGAAUCAAUAGCCAACGCUGAUGAUGAAAAUGAUGCAGAGAAUUUCAAAAAUUCAGAGAAUACUAAUAGCGAUGCAAAUGAACAAACUGAUGAAGGAAAUGCCUCUGACAAUCCGAAAGCAAAACGUCACAGAAAGCGUUUUGAUCCCAAAAACGAAGAAGAAAUACCUGAAGAAAACGAAACAUUAGCAGAAGACGACAAAAACUUGAAUGAAUCAAAUGCUAUCAAAUCAGGUGAAACUCCAGAAUCAGAGUCAACGGUCAAUGCAGAUGAUGAAAAUGAUCUAAAGAACAGCGAAAAUUCAGAAAAUGAUAAUGACAAUGCAAAUGAAGAAACUGAUGAAGGGAAAGCCUCAGACAAACCGAAAGUAAAACGUCGCAGAAAGCGUAUUGAUCCUAAGGACGGAAAAGAAAUACCUGAAGAAAAUGAUACAUUAGAAGAAAAAGAAGAAAAUAAUUUGAAUAAGAUAAAUGAGAUAAAAUCUGAUGAUAAUCCGGAAUCAGAGUCAUUCAUUAAUACUGAUAAUGAAAAUGAAAAGGAAAGAGUAGAAGACAGAGACAAUAAAAAAGACACACCAUAUGAGGAUGAGGGUAUCACAAAUGAUAAUUCUAAUAAAGAACCAAUUGAUGAUAAUAUAACAAACAAAGAUCUAGAAAAUAUCAAUAAAGAAACAGAAGAGUUGGAUGAAAAUGAAGAUUUAAAUAGUGUAGAAGGUGCAGAACUAAAUGGUGUCGAUAAUGAGAAUAUAAUUCCCGCAGCAGAGAGCAUGGAAGAAAAUUCUACGUCAUCUGAAAUAAGUUAUGAAGAACCUGAACAAAGAAGUCUCAAUAAUUACAAUAAACAACACCCAGGUAACGAUAAUCUGAUCAAGGAAAGAAAAAAUAUAGUUGAUGAACCUAAUAAAAAAAACAAACCCCACAGAAAACGUAAAGAUCCAAAGAACGGUUUUGAAGUAUCUGAAGAGUAUGACACUGUCGAAGAACAGGAUGAAAAACCACUAAAUGGAGAUAGUAAAAAAGAUACAACAGCUGAAACACCCGAUAAUACGGAAGUUGAAGCAGAUUCUGAAACACCAGAUCACGAUGAAAACGAGAAUAAGGCACAAAACGAAACAGAUAAUCCGGAAAAAUCAAAUAGACGCCGCAGGAAACGUAAAGACCCUAUUACUGGUGUUGAAGUGUCAGAAGAGUAUGACCCAGAUGAAGAACAGCACGAUGAACCUCUAAUUGGCGAUAACAACAAGGAAACACCAGCUGAAACACCCGAUAAUACGGAAGUGGACGAAGAUUCUGAAACACCAGAAUUAGAUGAAAACGAUAGUAAUGCACAAAACAAAGCGGUUAACCCAAAAAAAUCAAAUAGACGCCGCAGGAAACGUAAGGACCCUAAUACUGGUGUUGAAGUGUCUGAAGAGUAUGACACAGUCGAAGAACAGGACGAUGAACCACUAAGUGAAGAUAACAACAAAGAAACAUCGGAUAAUACGGAAGUUGAAGCAGAUUCUGAAACACCAGAACUCGAUGAAAACGAUAAUAAUGCACAAACCGAAACAGAUAAUCCGGAAAAAUCAAAUAGACGCCGCAGGAAACGUAAAGACCCUAUAACGGGUGUUGAAGUGUCAGAAGAGUAUGACCCAGAUGAAGAACAGCACGAUGAACCUCUAAUUGGAGAUAACAACAAGGAAACACCAGCUGAAACACCCGAUAAUACGGAAGUGGACGAAGAUUCUGAAACACCGGAAUUAGAUGAAAACGAUAGUAAUGCACAAAACAAAGCGGUUAACCCAAAAAAAUCAAAUAGACGCCGCAGGAAACGUAAGGACCCUAAUACUGGUGUUGAAGAUAAUGACCAAGAAACACAUGUUGAAACACCCGAUAAUACGGAGGUUGAAGCGGAUUCUGAAACACCAGAUCACGAUGAAAGCGAUAAUAAUGCACAAAACGAAACAGAUAAUCCGGAAAAAUCAAAUAGACGCCGCAGAAGACGUAAAGACCCUAUAACGGGUGUUGAAGUGUCAGAGGAGUAUGACCCAGAUGAAGAACAGCACGAUGAACCUCUAAUUGGAGAUAACAACAAGGAAACACCAGCUGAAACACCCGAUAAUACGGAAGUGGACGAAGAUUCUGAAGCACCAGAAUUAGAUGAAAACGAUAGUAAUGCACAAAACAAAGCGGUUAACCCGGAAAAAUCAAAUAGACGCCGCAGGAAACGUAAAGAUCCUAUUACUGGUGUUGAAGUGUCUGAAGAGUAUGACACAGUCGAAGAACAGGACGACGAACCACUAAGUGAAGAUAACAACAAAGAAACACCGGGUAAUACGGAAGUUGAAGCAGAUUCUGAAACACCAGAACUCGAUGAAAACGAUAAUAAUGCACAAAACGAAACAGAUAAUCCGGAAAAAUCAAAUAGACGCCGCAGGAAACGUAAAGACCCUAUAACGGGUGUUGAAGUGUCAGAAGAGUAUGACCCAGAUGAAGAACAGCACGAUGAACCUCUAAUUGGAGAUAACAAGGAAACACCAGCUGAAACACCCGAUAAUACGGAAGUUGAAGCGGAUUCUGAAACUCCAGAUCACGAUGAAAACGAUAAUAAGGCACAAAACGAAACAGAUAAUCCGGAAAAAUCAAAUAGACGCCGCAGGAAACGUAAAGACCCUAUAACGGGUGUUGAAGUGUCAGAAGAGUAUGACCCAGAUGAAGAACAGCACGAUGAACCUCUAAUUGGAGAUAACAACAAGGAAACACCAGCUGAAACACCCGAUAAUACGGAAGUGGACGAAGAUUCUGAAACACCGGAAUUAGAUGAAAACGAUAGUAAUGCACAAAACAAAGCGGUUAACCCAAAAAAAUCAAAUAGACGCCACAGGAAACGCAAGGACCCUAAUACUGGUGUUGAAGAUAAUGACCAAGAAACACAUGUUGAAACACCCGAUAAUACGGAGGUUGAAGCGGAUUCUGAAACACCAGAUCACGAUGAUAGCGAUAAUAAUGCACAAAACGAAACAGAUAAUCCGGAAAAAUCAAAUAGACGCCGCAGAAGACGUAAAGACCCUAUAACGGGUGUUGAAGUGUCAGAGGAGUAUGACCCAGAUGAAGAACAGCACGAUGAACCUCUAAUUGGAGAUAACAACAAGGAAACACCAGCUGAAACACCCGAUAAUACGGAAGUGGACGAAGAUUCUGAAGCACCAGAAUUAGAUGAAAACGAUAGUAAUGCACAAAACAAAGCGGUUAACCCGGAAAAAUCAAAUAGACGCCGCAGGAAACGUAAAGACCCUAUAACGGGUGUUGAAGUGUCAGAAGAGUAUGACCCAGAUGAAGAACAGCACGAUGAACCUCUAAUUGGAGAUAACAAGGAAACACCAGCUGAAACACCCGAUAAUACGGAAGUUGAAGCGGAUUCUGAAACUCCAGAUCACGAUGAAAACGAUAAUAAGGCACAAAACGAAACAGAUAAUCCGGAAAAAUCAAAUAGACGCCGCAGGAAACGUAAAGAUCCUAUUACUGGUGUUGAAGUAUCUGAAGAGUAUGACACAGUCGAAGAACAGGACGAUGAACCACUAAGUGAAGAUAACAACAAAGAAACACCGGAUAAUACGGAAGUUGAAGCAGAUUCUGAAACACCAGAACUCGAUGAAAACGAUAAUAAUGCACAAAACGAAACAGAUAAUCCGGAAAAAUCAAAUAGACGCCGCAGGAAACGUAAAGACCCUAUUACUGGUGUUGAAGUGUCUGAAGAGUAUGACGCAGUCGAAGAACAGGACGAUGAACCAUUAAGUGAGGAUAACAACAAAGAAACACCGGCUGAAACAUCCGAUAAUACGGAAGUAGACGAGGAUUCUGAAACACCAGAAUUCGAUGAAAACGAUAGUAAUGCACAAAACAAAGCGGUUAAUCCGGAAAAAUCAAAUAGACGCCGCAGGAAACGUAAGGACCCUAUUACUGGUGUCGAAGAAAAUGACCAAGAAACACCGGUUGAAACACCCGAUAAUACGGAUGUUGAUGAGGAUUCUGAAACACCAGAAUUGGAUGAAAGCGAUAUUAAUGCACAAAACGAAACAGAUAAUCCGGAAAAAUCAAAUAGACGCCGCAGGAAACGUAAAGACCCUAUUACUGGUGUUGAAGUGUCUGAAGAGUAUGACACAGUCGAAGAACAGGACGAUGAACCAUUAAGUGAGGAUAACAACAAAGAAACACCGGCUGAAACACCCGAUAAUACGGAAGUGGACGAGGAUUCUGAAACACCAGAAUUCGAUGAAAACGAUAGUAAUGCACAAAACAAUGCGGUUAACCCGGAAAAAUCAAAUAGACACCGCAGGAAACGUAAGGACCCUAUUAAUGGUGUUGAAGAAAAUGACCAAGAAACACCGGUUGAUACACCCGAUAAUACGGAAGUUGACGAGGAUUCUGAAACACCAGAAUUUGAUGAAAGCGAUGUUAAUGCACAAAACGAAACAGAUAAUCCGGAAAAAUCAAAUAGACGCCGCAGGAAACGUAAAGACCCUAUUACUGGUGUUGAAGUGUCUGAAGAGUAUGACGCAGUCGAAGAACAGGACGAUGAACCAUUAAGUGAGGAUAACAACAAAGAAACACCGGCUGAAACACCCGAUAAUACGGAAGUGGACGAGGAUUCUGAAACACCAGAAUUCGAUGAAAACGAUAGUAAUGCACAAAACAAAGCGGUUAAUCCGGAAAAAUCAAAUAGACGCCGCAGGAAACGUAAGGACCCUAUUACUGGUGUCGAAGAAAAUGACCAAGAAACACCGGUUGAAACACCCGAUAAUACGGAUGUUGAUGAGGAUUCUGAAACACCAGAAUUGGAUGAAAGCGAUAUUAAUGCACAAAACGAAACAGAUAAUCCGGAAAAAUCAAAUAGACGCCGCAGGAAACGUAAGGACCCUAUUACUGGUGUUGAAGAAAAUGACCAAGAAACACCGGUUGAAACACCCGAUAAUACGGAUGUUGAUGAGGAUUCUGAAACACCAGAAUUGGAUGAAAGCGAUAUUAAUGCACAAAACGAAACAGAUAAUCCGGAAAAAUCAAAUAGACGCCGCAGGAAACGUAAAGACCCUAUUACUGGUGUUGAAGUGUCUGAAGAGUAUGACACAGUCGAAGAACAGGACGAUGAACCAUUAAGUGAGGAUAACAACAAAGAAACACCGGUUGAAACACCCGAUAAUACGGAAGUGGACGAGGAUUCUGAAACACCAGAAUUCGAUGAAAACGAUAGUAAUGCACAAAACAAUGCGGUUAACCCGGAAAAAUCAAAUAGACGCCGCAGGAAACGUAAGGACCCUAUUAAUGGUGUUGAAGAAAAUGACCAAGAAACACCGGUUGAAACAACUGAUAAUACGGAAGUUGACGUGGAUUCUGAAACACCAGAAUUUGAUGAAAGCGAUGUUAAUGCACAAAACGAAACAGAUAAUCCGGAAAAAUCAAAUAGACGCCGCAGGAAACGUAAAGACCCUAUUACUGGUGUUGAAGUGUCUGAAGAGUAUGACACAGUCGAAGAACAGGACGAUGAACGAUUAAUUGAGGAUAACAACAAAGAUACACCAGCUGAAACACCCGAUAAUACGGAAGUGGACGAGGAUUCUGAAACACCAGAAUUCGAUGAAAACGAUAGUAAUGCACAAAACAAUGCGGUUAACCCGGAAAAAUCAAAUAGACGCCGCAGGAAACGUAAGGACCCUAUUAAUGGUGUUGAAGAAAAUGACCAAGAAACACCGGUUGAAACACCCGAUAAUACGGAAGUUGACGAGGAUUCUGAAACACCAGAAUUUGAUGAAAGCGAUGUUAAUGCACAAAACGAAACAGAUAAUCCGGAAAAAUCAAAUAGACGCCGCAGGAAACGUAAGGACCCUAUUACUGGUGUCGAAGAAAAUGACCAAGAAACACCGGUUGAAACACCUGAUAAUACGGAAGUUGACGAGGAUUCUGAAACACCAGAAUUUGAUGAAAGCGAUGUUAAUGCACAAAACGAAACAGAUAAUCCGGAAAAAUCAAAUAGACGCCGCAGGAAACGUAAGGACCCUAUUAAUGGUGUUGAAGAAAAUGACCAAGAAACACCGGUUGAAACACCCGAUAAUACGGAAGUUGUUGACGAUGUUAAGGAAGCUCCAUAUGAUACAGAUGAAUAUGGUUACCUUGAAAAACCAAUCCCAAGUAAAUUGAGACGACGCAGGAAAUCGAUACAACCUCAAUUUGUUGAUGAAACUAAUAACGAACCUGCAUCAUUGGUAAAUGAUCAUAAUAAUAAUUAUCCAGUUGACGAUCAAGAUAAUGAGUCUAUUUCUUACAAUUAUAACGAUGUAAGUGAGGAAGUACCAGAUACUGAAUAUGGAAAAACAAAUGACGUAGAAAAUAAUAAAGAACAACCUGAAUUAAUUCAGUAUCCUGAAAAUUCAGAUGUUCCAUCCGAGGAUCAUGCAUCUACAAAUUACAUGGAUGAAAAUGGAAACUUUGUACAUCCACUUCCUCGUAAAUUGAGACGACGAAGAAAAUUGAGACAACCUCAAUUUGUUAAUGAAAGUAAUAAUGAACCUGCGUCCUUCGUAAAUAAUAAUGCCAAUAAUUAUCCAAUCGAUGAUCAAGAUAAUGAGUCCAUUCCUGACAAUUAUAAUGAUGUUGGUGAGGAAGUACCAGAUACUGGAUAUGUAGAAAGAAAUGAUAUAGAAAAUAAGAAAGAACAACCUGAAUUAUUUGAAUACCCUGACAAUUCAUACGUGCCAUCAGAAGAUUAUGCAUCUCCAAAUGGUAUGUAUGAAAAUGGAAACGCUGCGCAACCAAGUCCUCGUAAAUUGAGACGACGAAAGAAAUUGAGACAACCUCAAUUUGUUAAUGAAAGUAAUAAUGAACCUGCGUCCUUCGUAAAUAAUAAUGCCAAUAAUUAUCUAAUCGAUGAUCAAGAUAAUGAGUCCAUUCCUGACAAUUAUAAUGAUGUCGGUGAGGAAGUACCAGAUACUGGAUAUGUAGAAAGAAAUGAUAUAGAAAAUAAGAAAGAACAACCUGAAUUAUUUGAAUACCCUGACAAUUCAUACGUGCCAUCAGAAGAUUAUGCAUCUCCAAAUGGUAUGUAUGAAAAUGGAAACACUGCGCAACCAAGUCCUCGUAAAUUGAGACGACGAAAGAAAUCGAGACAACCUCAAUUUGUUAAUGAAAAUAAUAAGGAACCUGAAUCCUUCGUAGAUGAUAAUAUGAAUAAUUAUCCAGUUGAAAAUCAAGAUUAUAAUGAGCCUAUUCCUAAAAAUGAAAGUGAUGCGCAAGAAGACGUUUCUAUCCCUUACAAGACUGAAGUCGACUCUCCAGAUAGUAAUACUGAUAGUACAAGUAACUCAAAAAAACCUAGAAGAAAAAACCAUGUUAGGAGAAAGAUUACUCCUACGAGUAUAGAUACAGGAAAUAGUAGUACUCCAAAUGAUGAAAAAUCGACAGAAAACCCUGAGACACAACCAAAAGAUAUUCGAAAGAACCCUAAAAAAAAGAGACAUAUUAGACGUAUUAGAACAUACGUAAUAAACAAUGAAACAAAUGAAAGAAUACCUAUUAAUGAUGAAACAUAUUCUACUACGAAUGGGUUACCUGAUGCUUUACAUAAUAAAUUAGACUCAUUGGAAGCUGAAGAUGAUCUAGAUUCAAAUACAGAUAAUGAUGAUUAUUCUUCAUUUUUGUUUAAAGAAUACAAUUCGGACCAAUGUAAACGUAAUGCAUACGAUAGAUUUAAAAAAGUUGCAUCUCAAGAUGCCAAGCAAAUUGCUUACCGAAGCGUUUUAGAUACUAGUGAGAUGCGAAGUAAUAUGUUAGCAACAAUAAAAAAUGCAAUAGGUAAUGUAAAAGCCUCACAGACAUUCAAUGAUGUUGAUCAAAGUUUAAGAACAGUAAGCUACUCUCUGAAAGCCGGUUUGAAGCAAACUAUUAGUGACUUGGUUAUCAAAAUGGUUCCGUUAGCUAAAGAUUUUCUGAAAACAGCAGAAAACCUUAAGGAACUAUAUGAAAAAGGCCCACAGUCCACUCACAAAAUGUUAACAAACAUCUUAGAGAACGAGUCAAUCGUUCCAGAUUCAGCAAAAGAUAUAUUAACACUUAUUUCUCCUCAGUUUGACGUGGAUAAAUUAAUAAAUGAUAUCUUUGAAAAACCGUGUAAUGCAAAAUCAAUGAAAGAAAAAAAGACCAAAGCUCAAAGAAAACUUAUCACUCUAUCAAAGCACAUGGACACGGCAAUAAGCAACAUUGACUGUUUUGUGCUUUCCGCUAUGUCUACCGUAGGAAUCGGAGCAGAUACAUUAAAACUGUUGAAAUCCGGUAGAGUGAUAAUGAGUGAUAAACAUCCCAGGGCGAAAAUAUUGAAAGAUGCUGUGGGAAUAAUUAAAUCAGGUAAAAAAAUCCGAAAUAAUGUCGUAGACUUUACACCGACGUUGACAACUUUUGAUGGAAACACUGAAAGUGACGAAGAUGAUGAUGAUGAAGAUCCUGAACAAGUUGCUCAAAAAAACGAAGAAUUUUUAAAAACUGUACCUGACCUAGACGAUAAUAUACCCGUACCAAAGAAAGUCCCCAACAAGCGACAGUCAUUGGGUGUAAUUGUUGUACAUCCUAACAAACGGAUAGAGUACAAAGAAAUAAAUGAUACAUCGCAAUUGAAAAAAUUCGUUGGGGAUCAAACGAAUAAAUACAAAUUGCAAUCUAAAAAUAAACAUCCAAAAUUUUUAAAACUGAAUAGUAAAAAAGUAAUCGAUGCUAUGGUUGCGGAUGUGAAGAAAAAGGCUGAGAGAAAUGGAAUGACCAAAAAAGAAAUGGUAGAAGAAAUAAUUAGAACUUUGAAUAGUAGUUGAACUUAUUUACGACUAUAAAUUCUAACGAAUGUUUUUUUUUGUAUUAUUAAUGAUAAAAAUGUUGUUAUCACACAUUAGAAAUUAUAAAAUUUUUAUUCAAUA